AUGGCGUUGGGUUGGGGUGUCUCUGAGUUGGCCUUAAUGGGCGCGCCGUUGUGUGCUGGGAUCCUGCUGAACACCUGCAACCUCAUCCUCACGCUGCUGCAGAUGUGGAGCAGUAGGAAGGCGCUGGCGGUGAGCGCCGCCAUCUGCUCCAUCUCAUGCGGUAACGUGCUUCUGGGCCUGGCCUGCAUGGCCGUCAUGCUGCUGGUGUUCGCUGAGACCACCGUCAUCAGUGGUGAGGUGAACCCUCUCUUCAGUGCUGCCUUGUUCUUCUGGAUGAACAGCUGCUUCGUGAGCUUCUGGUCCAUCGCCUGGCUGAGUGUGUUUUACUGUGUGACGGUGGUCAGCUUCUCCAUGGAGUGGCUCAAGGCACUGAAGAGGAGCAUCUCCUCCCUCACCGGCGCUGCCCUGCUGGUGACUCUCAUCGGCUCCUGGCUCCUGUUCAGCCCCUUUUUCACCCUGCGACUCGUCAUCGUCCAGCUGAACACCACCGAUGUCACCAAUGCCAGCGCCACUCAGAACCAGAGCUACUCUGCCGGCAUUGAGUUUGCCCCCUGGAUCGACUCGACUCUCUACACCGCCACCUUCAUCUUCCUGCUCUGCCCGCUCCCUCUGAUGGUGAUGCUGCCCACCUCCCUGCGGUUGGUGCUGCACCUGUGCCAACACAUGCUUGCCCUCCGCAGGAACCAGACGCAGUGCCAGAGCUCGGACUCCUACCUGCUGGUGUGUAAGCUCACCGUGUCCCUGGUGGGCGUCUACGUCAUCACUCUGCUUAUUGUGUCUCUUUUCUUCAUCUCCAAACUCCAAAGUCAGUCAGCCAUGUCCUAUGACGUCAUCAUGCUGGGAUGCACCUUCUACUGUGUCGCGUCGGGGGGGCUCGUGACUGCUUCCAACCGCCAUCUGAAGGAGAAGCUGCGCUGUGGGGCGUGUUGGACGGAUCCCCCAGACCAAGCUAGCGAAAGCCAGACCAGGGACACAGCUUUAGCAUGA